AUGAAGCUCUUUGAAGGCAAUCUUUUCUCCCGCCUACUGGCCCUUCUCCUCGUUGGCCUGCUGGGCCAGGCCAUCGCCGCACCAACCCCCAUCGACCUCGACGACACACAUAAUGGCCCCCUAAUCGAGGCGCGCGGCAAAAAGGCCACCCAAGAACCCUACAAAGCCAGCAAACCCAAAUCAAGACUUGCCCGGGAGGCGAUUUCGAAACGCGACUACCUCCACGGCUACCAGAUCCUGGCUGAUACUUUCCAUGACAUGCAAUGGCCCUCCAAGGUGUUGAAGGAGAGAAAGAUCCCCGGUAACAAGAGAAAGCAGUUCUGGAAGAAUGCUUCCCAAGCUCUUGCUGAGGAGGCUAAGGAUACAGUUUAUGUGCUGCUUCCUAAGGGCUCUGGUGAUGACUGGCUUAAGACAACUGUUUGGGCCAGAAAGGAAUGGCCUAACCUCAACCAGGCCAAGAAAAUUGUUCGGAUCAACCCGGAUGACGAGAACGACAAGGAGGAUAUUACGCACUUCAAGCAUAAAUAG